AUGCUACAUGGUACACCUGGGGAUAGUUUCCAAAAACUAUCAUCAUAUUCUCACGUCCUAGAAGAGAGUAACCCAGGGACAGUAACCCACAUUGAAGUUGAUUCCCGUAAUAGGUUUCAUUACUUCUUCCUGGCUUUCGAUGCAAGCAUUCAUAGUUACAUGCACUACUUGAGGCCCGUUAUUUGUGUUGACGGUAGUUACUUGAAAGGUCCAUACAAAGGUACACUUCUGCUGGCAACCGGUAAAGAUGUCAACAAACAGAUUUAUCCUCUAGCAUGGGAGAUCGUCGAUGGCGAAACAAAUGGAUCGUGGAUGUGGUUUCUGUCGAACUUGAAAGAGCUUAUAGGCGACUCGGAUGUAUUGAUUUUUGUUUUCGAUAGGAAAAAUAGUAUUUCUAAUGCCAUUGCUCAUCUUAAUCGUAUGCCAUGCAUUCAUGUAAAUCAUGCUGUCUGCUUGCGAGAUAAGUCAUUGUAUGAUUUAUGCUCACCGUAUUACACAUCGAAAUACUGGUGGGGUACCAACAGCGAAGCAUCCAAACAAAAUUACAGUGUUGACAUGGAGAGGGAUAAAAAUUUGCAUGACCCUUCGUUUGGAACAGCGGAUGUUCCCCAUAACAUACAACACGAUGACAUACAUCAUGAACCUAGUGCCCUAAAUAAUAAUAUAGUCGAUAGUCUAAUUGAAUACGUUGGGGCUGUACCAUUAGAUGAGAUGUUGGAAGACCCGUUACAUGGUACAAAUGGCGCUAAUAUUGUAGACAUUAACGAGAGAAUGUCAUCACAUUCCCAGAGUUCGGAUACAUACCAAUGGAUUACAAGUGUAAAUACGUCCGAUCUUGUUGAACAGCAAAUAUUCUUCAGCAAGAAAAAGCAAUACUCGAAAAUUCGUGUGCUUGCUUUGCAGGACAAGUUCCUUUUUAAGGUCAGCAGGCCAAGUCUCAAACUGUUAACUAUCGUAUACGCAGACAAUAAUUGCAAGUGA